AUGGCACACCAACAGGGCGCCGUCAAGUCUCCUGACCUUACCACAACGCGCGACAACCUGCUUCUCCUCCACUCCAGCUUGACAGCAAGCAACUACACGGCCGCCAACACGAACGUCAUGCUCGAUGCGCUGCGGAGAGUCGCCCAAAUUCAGUGCCCGAGCACUGCGGCCAGCGGCCACCCUUCUGACGCCACUGUCUGGAUGGACUGUCAUUUCAAGCCUCUCCGGACCAGCGCCAGACAGCUCCUUCUCCUGCUCAGGCAGAUGUCGUCGGUGGAUUCGAGGAGCGAGCGAGGACGGAUCGUGUGGGCGGACGCGCGGAGAAGGGUAACAGAGCUCACCCAAGAUAUCUACCUCGCACUGGCGGUCCUCGACGAGAAAGAAUGA